UCCUUCAUUUGCAUAAUCCGUCACCUUUUUGCCUUUAGCAGCUCAACUCCUUACCAUUUUUCCUAUAUUAUAUCAAGUAAAAAAAAUCUAAAUAGUUGUUGGCACUAAAAGUAGUUUGAACAUUUGCUCCAUCUUCUUAUUGGCCAGUGACCCGGAAGUUGUUAGAUUGAAUUUCGGGGGCGCAAAACCAGAGAGGGAAAACUUUUUUAGGUGCUGUUGGACUACCUAAACGUGUUGAGAAGAUAGUCGUUUUUGCCAUUUGUUACCUUUUUUUAUUUUACAAUGUGCGAGAAGAUCAAGAAGGUGAACAGCUGGCUCAGUGCUGUGUUUGGAGAUCAGCCGGUGCCACACUUUGAGGUCAACACUAGGACGGUGGACGUCCUGUACCAGCUGGCCCGGUCCAGUGAAGCCCGCUGCAGCGACACAGCUCUACUCACAGAAGACCUCAAACAGAAAGCCUCCGAGUAUCAGACUGAGGGUGCUCAUUACCGUGAUGUUCUCCUACAAGGUGUGGGUCUGUCCAGUGCAAGCUUGUCAAAGCCAGCUGAUGACUAUUUAACUGCUUUAGUGGACACGGCCAUGGUGCUUGGAGUCAGAGACACAUCGCUGGGCAGCUUUAUGCCAGCAGUGAACAACCUCACCAACACAGUGCUGGAAGAAGAGAAGUCAAACAGGAGACUUGAGAGGGAACUCAGGGCCUUAAGAAAGAGGCUCGGUGCUACUCUGGUGCUGCGGAGCAACUUGCAAGAGGACAUCAACAAAACCGUCAAGGCACAGUCAGUGGAGAGCGCUAAAGCGGAGGAGAGAAUGCUCAACAUGGAUUUUGUUACGGCAAAGGCUAAAGAGCUCAGCAGCAGACGGGAGAGGGCGGAGGCUCAACUUGUAUCCAGGAACAUGGACAAGUCUAUCACCCACCAGGCUAUUGUGCAGCUCUCUGAGGAAGUCACCGCGCUGAAACAAGAAAUAAUCCCGUUGAAAAAUAAACUGGAGCCUUACAUGGACUUAAGCCCAAGCCCGUCUCUGGCUCAGGUGAAAAUAGAAGAAGCAAAAAGAGAGUUGAUGUGUUUCCCCAAUUACAGGCUGCUAUUGGUUCCCAACUUGAGAUGAAUAUGGAUUUCAAGUGAAGAUAUUUAUAAUGUAAAUUUUGAG